AUUUCUAAAGCAAAAAGGAAAACCAAACAAAAAGGAAAAAAUUAAUUCUGAUAACAAUCCUUUAUUCUCACCUAAAAUCAACAACUCAUUUAUAUAUUAUAUAUAUAUAUCUUGCUCACUAGUUGUGAUUUUCAUUGUGUAAAAAAAAAUAAAAAAAUUGUCUAACCACAAAAAUGAUCAUGGGAGCAGAGGGUUUUGGUACAAAAUCUGGGAUUUCAAAAACUUAUACAAAUAUGGGGUUGAAUGAAUAUGAUAGAGGAGAUAAAGGAAAUCCGAAGAUUCUAUGGAUCGUAGCUUCAGUUAUUGAGAGGUCAGUUCAAAAGAAUGAGAAGGGAUUGAAGGGAUCGAAUAAGAGAGGUGUUGUUACUGUCUUCCAUGGUACAAGAGCCCCUGUUUUGACCGUUCAGCAGUACAUUGAGCGCAUUUUUAAGUACUCCAACUGCAGUCCUUCGUGUUUCGUGGUUGCGUAUAUAUAUUUGGAGAGAUUUCUCAAUCUGACUGAUUGUUUACUCACCUCUCUUAAUGUUCACCGGCUUCUCAUCACUAGCAUCAUGUUGGCUGUCAAGUUUGUAGAUGAUGACUGCUACAACAAUGCUUAUUAUGCAAAAGUAGGAGGAAUAACGACAAGAGAACUGAACAAGCUUGAGCUAUCCUCGAAAAUGAUCUUAGGAGCAGAGGGUUAGAAUGAUAGAGUUGGAACCCCAAAACACCUUAAUGUUGGGCCAACCAGUUAUAAAGUAUUGAAAAGUAACAAGUUUGUUCCAAAUACCAGGUUGGAUUAUAAUCCACAAAUCAAAGUCUGUGUUGUAAUGUUGGAUCAAAAAGUUAAUAGAAUAACUGCGGAAUGUUGGAACAUUUACAGAAAAUGCCGUCUUCUAUUGAACAAUGAGAUUUAGAGUAAUAAAUAAAUGUUUCUCUUACAAUUGGCUUUAUCGGAAGAAAUAAAAUAGUCCAAGCUUUUAGCUCAAGCAAGGAAGGAAAGACAGAAUACUAAAAAAAUGAAAGGAAAGACUUAGAAAGAACGAGAAAGCUUUGAAGAAGGUUUUUU